AAGCCUUCCUGGGAUUGGGGGGAGGGGAGGGAAGGGAAGGAGGGAAGAGUGUAGUGAUGGCCAUGGCGGAGAAGUUCGAUUCUCUGGAAGAGCAUCUGGAGAAAUUUGUGGAGAACAUCCGGCAGCUCGGCAUCAUUGUCAGCGAUUUCCAGCCCAGCAGCCAGGCUGGGCUCAACCAGAAAUUGAAUUUCAUGGUGACAGGAUUGCAGGAUAUCGACAAAUGCCGACAGCAGCUUCAUGAUAUCAGUGUGCCCUUGGAGGUUUUUGAAUACAUAGAUCAAGGCCGUAAUCCUCAACUUUACACUAAAGAGUGCCUGGAGCGAGCUUUGGCUAAAAAUGAGCAAGUAAAAGGAAAAAUUGACACAAUGAAGAAAUUUAAAAGUCUCUUAAUUCAAGAACUGACAAAGGUGUUCCCAGAAGACAUGGCAAAAUACAAAGCUAUUCGAGGAGAAGAUCCUCCUCCUUAAGCUGGCCUUUGAUAGCUCUAAAAACGUCAAUUCCAUAAGCUGACACCUCUCUAUAAAAACAUUGGAGAAAGGGUAAAUCCAAGCUGUCAUAACAACUGUACUAAAACUGGCAGUUAUGGACUGUAAAGGAGCUUAAUUGCUGAUGCUUCUGGUCUGAACCUUCCUGAAGACUUUCACACAAAGAUUGCAGUUGAAACUUCCUAUAGUGAUCUGUUCUUCUUUCCUGAAAGGUUUUGGAGAUAUAAUUGCCUGCAGGUCAUCAAUAUUUAGCAUUUCCCACGAAGUGCAUUUGCAGAGCAGAAAAUCAUGUUUUUGUAUUCUGAAAAGUGCCCUUCAGGAUUGUGGGUUCAUCUGUUCUUAAGAGAAAUUUAUUUAUUACACUUGAUUAUUUCUUUCAUUUGUAAAUGGCUUUUUUUUUUUUUUACUGUACAAACAAUUAACUGCUUUCAUAUUGCCAAAUUCUACUGAGCAGGAGCCUGUCAAGAGCUGCAGUUCUCAUGUGUUUUAAUGAAUUGCAGCCCAGAAAAUCUUCAGAUAUUUUUAUUUCGCUGUGUGAGCUGCAAUGCAGGUGGCUGAGGGUAUAGAAAGUGAGCAUAUUCAGGGACUAGCUGCUCAACAAUGUUAAUAUUUUGUAUAGUAUUUAAUGCAAGCUUUUGUUUGAAUUAUGCUCAUUUUAUGUAAGCAGGUUGUU